AUGACCCGUCUCACGACUAUUUUCGCAGCGCUGUUCGUGCUCUCCUCCUUCCCGCUAAGCUUGGCCUGGACCUUUGUGUGGAGAAAUGCCACCGAUAUCGCCACCGUCGAGAACGGUACCAGUGCGCAGCGUUGCAAAACGAUCGAGCAAGCCAAAAACAAGAUUUACAAAUUCGACGCAAAGGGCAGUCUCGUCCGCCUCUUUCUCUAUGGCUCAUCGAACUGUACAGGCGAUAUUAUCGACACAUCCGAAGAUAGCCUCGCGAGCAAUUCGACGGUUCCAAUCUAUGGGUUCGCGGUCAUUGAUUUAAGGGGGGCAAACAGCAGCAGUGGUGGUGAGCUCACGCCAUUUCCAGGAAACGAUUGGUUCAAGUUAUCACCCAACAGUCCUGUGAUCACAGCCAUGGGGAAAAGACUCCUCGCAGAAAAUUGUGGGAAAUACCGCGAGGGACCGGGACCACAGUGGUCUGAUAUUGACCGGCAGUCCUAUCAAUGCUGGCAGGAAAAGCUGGGAUAUAGCGAUAAAGAUGCUGAUGGGUGGCCCGGCAAGGCAAGUUGGGACCAACUCAAGGUUCCUCUGACAGUCACGAGUGACCCCGAGAGCUCUUCUACAGCGACGAAGACACCGUCCAGUACGAGUGCUAGUACGAGCAAUCCGACGGGUUCAUCUGCUCCGACCACAGAUACCUCUUCUAAGUCGUCGCUCAGCGGAGGCGAAAUUGCCGGCGUUACUGUGGGCUCUGUGAUCGGAGUAGGACUUAUUGGGGCUGUAAUCUAUCUCUCGCGUCGGGUAGGCCGACGCGGUGCUUUGGCUUCUGGAGAUUUCGAACCAGAGUCACAGUCACAACAACGGCCAAAGAGUGGAUAUAGCGGUGUUGACGGCGGAGUGGAAGAAUCAAAAAAGCCGUCGGUGGAGCAUCCUCCCACGGAGGCCGGAGCAGUCUCCAUGAAGAAGGAGAAUAGGCAUGUUGCUGAGCUUUCGGGAGAUAUGACAGUGGCAGAAUUGAGUGAUAGUCGGAGGAUCCUUGAGAUGGGAGAUGGUCGCAAAUAG